AUGGCGGACAAAUGGGCGAAACUGUCGAAUGUAAUAUCAUUUACCGCAAUUGUGCACGAAGAAUCUGUUAAAAGUCAACAUGAGCACCUGUUAACUGAAAUAGAGUCAACCAAUGAUCCACUGGGACCUACAGUCAGGGCUAUAUACGAUGGCAAUGAACAUGAGAAAUUCCUUGAUCAAUUGGAUGUGCGAAUACGAAGCCAUGACAAAGAUAUUGAGAGGAUGUGUAACUUCCAUUACCACGGUUUCACGGAUAGCAUUGCAGAAUUGCUCAAAGUCAGAGGAGAAUGUGAAAAACUAAAG